GUCGCGAGCCGCUCCGUUUCCGUCCAGGUGGCGCGAGGAGGACGAGCUGAUCUCGCGGAGCAGAAGACCGAGGAGAAGCCAGGAGGAAGGCGGAGGAGGAAAUCCCGCGAGAAAAGAAAAAGAAAAGAAGAGAGACAGACGCAGAUACACUCAGAGAGAGAGAGAGAGAGAGAGAGAGAUAGAAAAGAGUGAAAACCCGCUGCACGUGAGGUGUGCGAGACCCCCCGGGGAGAGGGGACUAUAAUCGUUAAUUUGGAGGAGAGACGGUUAAUUUUUGUUUUUGUUUUCUCUACGCAGACGGAGAGAAAGGGUCUCCGAAAAAGACCAGCCAUAUGAAUCCAAUGACACAGUUGUACUACAAGAAGGCGACGUACUCGCCGUACCGCGACCGCAUCCCGCUUCAGAUCGUCCGGGCGGAGGUGGAGCUGUCCGCAGAGGAGAGGGCCUACCUCACCGCUGUGGAGAAAGGUGACUAUGCGGGCGUCAAGCAUGCCCUGCGCGAGGCGGAGGUCUACUACAACAUGGACGUGAACUGUCUGGACCCGCUGGGCCGCAGCGCGCUUCUCAUCGCCAUCGAGAACGAGAACCUGGAGAUCAUGGAGCUCCUGCUCGACCACGGCAUCCACACUGGCGACGCCUUGCUCUACGCCAUCAGGAAGGAGGUGGUGGGCGCCGUGGAGCUGCUGCUGUCGCACAGGAGGCCCAGCGGCGAGAAACAGGUUCCCUCGCUGAUGAUGGACAGUCAGUUUUCAGAGUUCACCCCGGACAUAACUCCCAUCAUGCUCGCUGCUCACACCAACAACUACGAGAUCAUCAAACUCCUCGUCCAGCGGAAGGUCACCAUUCCCAGACCACACCAGAUACGAUGCGACUGUGUCGAGUGUGUAUCCAGUUCAGAGGUCGACAGUCUUCGACAUUCCAGGUCUCGACUCAACAUCUACAAGGCUCUGGCCUCUCCCUCCCUCAUCGCACUUUCCAGUGAAGAUCCCAUCCUCACUGCCUUCAGACUGGGCUGGGAACUCAAAGAGCUCAGCAAGGUGGAGAACGAGUUUCGUCAGGAGUACGAGGAGCUGUCGCAGCAGUGCAAGCGGUUCGCCAAAGACCUUCUGGACCAGGCCAGGAGUUCUAGAGAGCUGGAAACAAUCCUGAACCACAGAGACAACGACCAGAGCGAGGAACUGGACCCCAGGCAGUGCCACGACCUGGCCAAGCUCAAACUGGCCAUCAAAUACCACCAAAAAGAGUUUGUGGCCCAGCCCAACUGCCAGCAGCUGCUGGCCACGCUGUGGUACGACGGCUUCCCGGGCUGGAGGAGACGACACUGGGCGGUCAAACUGGUCACCUGCUUCAUCAUUGGACUCCUGUUUCCUUUCUUCUCACUGAUCUACCUGUUGGCUCCAAAGAGCGCUCUGGGGCGCUUCAUCAAGAAGCCCUUCAUCAAGUUCAUCUGUCACACGGCGUCCUACCUGACCUUCCUCUUCCUCCUGCUGCUGGCCUCGCAGCACAUUGCCCGGACCAACCUGCACAUGCAGGGACCCCCGCCCACCCUCGUCGAGUGGAUGAUUCUCCCGUGGGUAGUGGGGUUCAUCUGGGCAGAGAUUAAGGAGAUGUGGGAUGGGGGAUUCACAGAGUAUAUCCACGACUGGUGGAACCUGAUGGACUUCGCCAUGAACUCCCUCUACCUGGCCACCAUAUCACUGAAGAUAGUGGCCUACGUUAAGUAUAACUCCUCUCGUCCCAGGGAGGAGUGGGAGAUGUGGCACCCCACGCUGAUAGCCGAGGCUCUGUUUGCCAUCGCCAACAUCUUCAGCUCGCUCAGACUCAUCUCCCUCUUCACUGCCAACUCCCACCUCGGACCACUGCAGAUCUCACUGGGCAGGAUGCUGCUGGACAUCCUCAAGUUCCUCUUCAUUUACUGUCUGGUCCUGCUGGCGUUUGCCAAUGGUCUGAACCAGCUGUAUUUCUACUAUGAGACCAAGGCCUCAGAAGAACCCAACAACUGCAAGGGCAUCCGUUGUGAGAGGCAGAACAACGCCUUCUCAACGUUGUUCGAAACUCUCCAGUCUCUGUUCUGGUCGAUAUUCGGGCUGCUGAAUCUGUACGUCACCAACGUGAAGGCCCGCCACGAGUUCACGGAGUUCGUCGGGGCGACCAUGUUCGGGACGUACAACGUCAUCUCGCUGGUGGUUCUGCUCAACAUGCUCAUCGCCAUGAUGAACAACUCCUACCAGCUCAUCGCUGACCACGCCGACAUCGAGUGGAAGUUUGCCCGCACCAAGCUGUGGAUGAGCUACUUUGACGAGGGCGGCACGCUGCCGCCUCCUUUCAACAUCAUCCCCAGCCCCAAGUCCAUCUUGUACCUGCUCGUGUGGCUCCACAACAAGCUGUGCAGAAGAGGCCACGCGCCCGGCGAGGAAACACACAAAUGUGAAAACCUCCGAGAGUUCACGGAACGCCACGCAGACAGUCUGAUACAGAACCAGCAUUACCAGGAAGUGAUCCGGAGCCUGGUGAAGAGGUACGUGGCGGCCAUGAUACGCAGUGCCAAGACGGACGAGGGACUAACGGAGGAGAACUUUAAGGAGUUGAAGCAGGACAUCUCCAGUUUCCGCUACGAGGUCCUGGAUCUCCUCGGCAACCGGCGCCCUCCCCGGCGACAGUACUCCUCCAGCGAAGCAGCGAGAGACGACGGCGCCAUGGCGUCUGAGGACGACAGCGAGUCGGGCGACGGCGGCGGCGAAGGCCCGAGGUCAAAGGGCGUGACGUUCAUGACCCCGGGGGAGGGCGAAGCGAGGUCGCCGACGCUCGGCGUGUCCGCCCUGGUGCGCUCCAUUUCUGGGAUGACCCGGAAGGAGGACGAGGAGGGGAAACCAAAGAGCAACGGGCUGAAGACGAGCGUCAUCCCUCUAUCCUCCUCCUCCACCGCCACCCUCCCCUGCCCGUCUUCGUCCUUCUCCUCGUCCUUCUCCUCGUCGUUCGCCCGCACCAGGACCCGCCUGCAGCGCCUCUCUGCUCCGGGAUCGAAGGCGGACUCUUUCAAGCGCCUCUCUUACUUGUUCUCGCGCUCCAAGCGCAGAUCCCCGCCCAUGCCUCUCCCGCUCCAGUCCCCGCCCUCCUACACCAUCUCCGACGGGUUGCUCCGCCCCCUGGGCAGCUCUCACUCCGACUUCGGACUCAGCGGCGUGACCCGAAGCGAGACCCGCCUGAACGAGGUGGGCCGCUCGGUCGACGUCGGCAACCCCUCGUUCUCCCCGCGGAGAGCCAACGGGCGGGACUCACUUCUGGCGCUGCCCCUCCCGCCCCCGUGCCCCUGCCAAUCCCUGCACUGUGCUUCCAACAUGUCCGAGUCCAGCUCACGCCUCCUGGACUCCAGCGAGGACAUUUUCCAGGGCGGAGGCGCGGGAGGAGUGGGCGAGGGCAGCGUGGACGGAGGAGGGGCGAGAAGAGGAGGAGGGCUGAUGAUGAUCGGCGGGUAUAUGGGACCCUGCGACGAUGUCACAGAGGACAGCUGUGAGGUCAUAGAGGACUCUGUCACCACGCAGCUAUAGGAGAGAGGGACUUUGUUGGUUUUGCAAAAUGGCUGAACACGUUCAGAGUGAGAGAGACAGAGAGAGAGAGGGGGGUGGAGAAGUCACGAACCGGUAGUGAUCAGUGAUGGUUCUGGUGAUGCGUGCGAGUGAGGACAGAAGGGAUCCUGACAUGGCAGAUGUUCAUAAAGACAGUUUGACAUCAUCUGGUUGGAGUAUGGCGCGGACACGUCAUUGUCCACUUUCGUUUGAAAAGAACGCCCUGCACAAGCUAUACGGGGUAGGCUAGCUAGCUAGAGAGCGAGAGAGCUAGCAAAGUAACCCGCCAGUCAGUGAGCUACCAUGUUGCGCGGCCCACUGAAUACGGCCUCUUCCCCUGAGCCUUUCCCGCUUUAGGCGAUACCAUCACACAUACAGAUAGUCUCUGGGAAUGUUUUACGCUCAGUAAAAAACCCUGUAGUUCAACAUUUCUUAACACUAAGAGGAACAAUUGACUUUUACAUGUCUCCUUUGUAAAUCAUAAACUCGCGGCAAACUGUCUUUAUCAGCGUCUGCCAUUUUCCACGCAUGCCACAGGAGAACACAGGAGGAGAUUUAAAAGGGUACAAAUGUGUCUUCUUUUCUUUGGGAGAUUCAAACAGGCAUGAAUAUUACGGAAUUACAAGGAGACCAAAGUGACUUUUCAGAGGGGAAAUAUCCUUAAAAGUCCCUGUUUUGGUUUUCUGAACACGAUUUCUUCUUUCCCUUUAACCAAACUUCAAAUCUGCAAUGGAAUAACAAUGGAAUUAAAUCCCCUUAAACCACUGGGAUUUAAACGGAGCUACCUUGGAACUCACUUCACUUCACCUUCAGCCAAAUGGAAUGAGUCCCACUGGAAUAACGUCCCCUUUAACUGUGGAAUUUGAUGGAUUUAACCGAAUCGCUGGGAUGAAAGGGAACGACAUGGAAGCAUUGCUCUGCUGGUGAUCACCUGCACCCUCUCUCUCUGCAUCAACAAGGGCCAAGGAACUUUAUUUUAUCCUAAUAUCAGUUAUACUAGUAAUAAUAAUAACGAUAAUAAUAAUAAUAAUAAUAAGAGACUUCUAAUAAUGAGGACUAUUCUGGUUUAUAAAGACUGUCUUUGCUUCUAUUUGAGUUGCCUACGAUAUCCUGGCUUCUCGCUCAGCUCUUCCUUAAUACGUACACUUUAAGCUGAUGAAUACAAAUAUACAGUGAUAUUUAUUGUGAGGAGGAGGGAUGAUGGAUGUGUGAAUGCGUGGAAAGGACAAAAAAGCAGGACAGAGGAACGAGGCAAGGAGGACUAACGGGAGGUAAGGACCAAAGGGAAGGAAGAGGAAUGAAGGACAGAUUGAGUGAAUGAGGAGCAGACGGAGAGAGCAGAGAUGCGUUUGCCUUUGUAUCUGGGAAAUCUAUUUAAAAAAGGGAAAUUUCACCAGAAUUUCAUCAUGAUUUUUUUUUCUCUCUCUCUUGAAGUUGCUCGGUGCCGCAACUUCAAAAAGUUGGCAUGAGCAGAGGCUGUUGAAUUUUACUCGAUUAUUGUGUCAGAGGCAAAAAUAGAGAAGUUAUGCAUGUUUGAUCAACAAAAACACCGUUACCUGCAACACACACACAUACAUACACAUAUACACACACACACACACAUAUACAAACACACACUUGAGAUAUCAGCUUGUGUGAUGAGUAGCUCCUGGCCAAAUGUCUUGCCCUUUUAUGAGAUUUCUCCAGAGUCUCCCUCUUCUUAUGUUACAUAUUUUCUUUCUCCAUACCUUUCUUUCUUUUCCUUCACCAGACAAUCCACACACACACACACGCACACACAGACUCGGGCCUCCGGCAGACGCUGUGACCUCACCACCAGCUGUCUUGGCAGUGGCGGUGGCAGCAAAAAGCCUCAACCCUUUCCGAUGAAUCAACAUCCCAAAAAUGUCAAGGUGUAACCAUGGAGACCCGAUUACCCUGCUCAACAUCCUGUAAUUAUAAUGUCACGUCCAGAGCCAGAAAGCUCCAGCGCUGCUGGGCAUCCUGGCGCUGGCAGAGGGGGUGCAGCUAAGUUGUUGGUGAUGACACCUGUCUCUUUUUUUAAAUUUCAACAACAAUCCAUUUCAUAUCCUUCUACAGCCCACCACCAACAACACGGAGAGACAGACAUCUGACUUUAACCCUUACUUUAACCACCAGACAUUCCUCACCAGAAAAACGACAGAACCUGUGUUUUCAAAAGCGUAAAAUGACCUACCUACCCCAUUUCCCUGAGGAACUCCAAAAAUUAACUUUCAUUUCUUACCCACAGUUUCUUGACUAUCAUUUUUUUCCGACUUUAACCAACGUUUUUGUGCCUCAACAAACCUUAAAGU